ACAAGAACAUACUAUUAUUUCAUUUCUUUUCUGCAGGCACUUGACAACCUCCCAAGUGCACAAAGCUGCCUGCCUUUCAAUCGCUCUUUACCAGCUUGCUUCAAUGGCUUUGGGCGUGACAUCUUACAAGCCAUGCAGCAACAACAGAUGAAUGCCAUCACAUCUUUCAUUGAUGGAUCAGUCGUGUAUGGCUCCGGGCCAAAAGUCAACAACUUACUGCGAGACCUCUGCGGGUUGAAUGGGAAACUCACUGUUAAUGAACACUUUAAGGACCCCAAAGGAAGACCCUACUUACCUUUUGAAGAAUCUCUCCAAUCAGUCUGUCUGCAUGGUGAGGAGAAUGUGGCAUGUUUCCGCGCUGGAGACAGUCGGGUCAAUGAGGGUCUGCCUCUGACCAGUUUGCAUCUGCUGUGGCUGAGGCAACACAAUCAAAUAGCCGAGACACUUAAACACCUCAACGGUCACUGGAAUGCGGAGACCAUAUAUGAAGAAACACGCAAGAUUAUUGGGGCUCUGCACCAGAUUAUAACCAUGAGAGAUUAUGUUCCAAAAAUAAUUGGGAAAGAGUUUUUUGACAAUUACAUUGGACCAUAUGGAGGAUAUGAUCCAACUGUGGACCCAUCUGCCUCGAAUGUUUUUGCCACGGCGGCAUUCCGGUUUGGUCAUGCAACGAUCUCCCCAGUCGUCAGGAGACUCAAUGCGAGCUACCAGGAACAUGAAAGUUUCCCCAGUUUAAAGCUGCAUGAAACCUUCUUCAGUCCAUGGCGAAUCAUCAAAGAAGGUGGGAUUGACCCAAUCGUGAGAGGUGCACUUGGAACGCAAGCAGCAGCCCCUCAUUCAAACAAAUUGUUGACCGACGAACUGACAGAGAGGCUGAUUGUUUUAUCUAUUCCACAAGAUAUGGACCUGGCUUCAUUGAACCUGCAGAGAGGACGAGAUCAUGGACUCCCAGGAUACAACGAUUGGAGAGAUUUUUGUGGACUGGAGCGUAUCAGAACACUGGAAGACUUUAAACAGGUUGUAAGUGAUGCCAGCGUUGCAGAGAGGAUACUUCAACUGUACAAACACCCUGACAACAUUGACAUAUGGCUCGGAGGACUUGUUGAGACAUUUUCGCCAGGCUCAAGAACCGGUCCUAUGUUUUCAUGCCUGAUUGCAAAGCAGAUGAAAGCACUUCGUGAUGGUGACAGGUUUUGGUGGGAGGCAGACGGUAUGUUUAGCCAAGAGCAGAGGGAUGAACUUCUAAAAGUUUCACUGUCUAAGAUCAUAUGUGAAAAUACUGACAUCACGGAGGUACCACCAGAUGCCUUCAUAUUUGGGAAGUACCCCUCAGGUUACGUCUCAUGUAACAAUUUACCAGCAAUGAAUUUGGAGGCGUGGCGAGAGGAAAAAAGUGAAGAUUUAAAACGUUGUGGCUCUCCUGGCCAGAUCGAGAAUGGUGAUUACGUACUGUUCAAGAUAGCUGGCAAAUUGGUGGCCCUGUAUUCCUGUUACCAUGGCUUUAAACUAACAGGAAAUGCCUUGAUUGCUUGUGAAGGAAAUCAGUGGAACAACAAAUUUCCACAUUGUGAAGGAAUCUUUUGAAAGUUGGCGAGACAAUGGAGCAGACCUCCCCAUACCACAGGAAACGCCGCAAUCCCGGUCCGGUUUCAA